AUGAGGCAUGUAGUUGCAGUUGAUGGGACAUUUUUUAAAGCAAAGUACUUAGGGAAUUUAUUUAUUGCAGCGUGUAAAGAUGGUAACAAUCAAAUAUACCUUUUAGCCUUUGGGAUUGGUGAUUCAGAAAAUGAUGCCUCAUGGGAGUGGUUUUUACAAAAACUGCAUGAUGCACUUGGACACAUUGAUGAUUUGUUUGUGAUAUCAGAUCGACAUGGUAGCAUUGAGAAAGCAAUACAUAAAGUAUUUUCCCAUGCGAGGCAUGGUGUUUGCACUUAUCACGUUGGACAAAAUUUGAAGACAAAGUUCAAGAAUCCUGCAAUUCAUAAGUUGUUUCAUGAUGCUGCCCAUGCUUAUCGUGUUUCGAAGUUUAAUUUUAUAUUUGGGCAACUAGAGAUGAUUGACCCAAGAGUAGCAAGAUAUUUGAUGGAUAUAGGAGUUGAUCGAUGGACACGUUCAUAUUCUACCGGAAAAAGAUAUAAUAUCAUGAUGACAGGGAUCGUUGAAAGCCUUAAUGCUAUGUUGAAAAAAGCUAGAGAUCUUCCGGUUUUGCAAUUGGUUGAAGAAUUGAGAAACUUACUUCAAAAAUGGUUUGUGACUCGUUAA